AUGGACAUCAAGCAGGAUCAGAACGAAACACUACGGGAGUAUACUGCCCGGUUCAAUCUCGCUGCUCUGGAAGUGCCAGAGGCGGAAUCCCAAAUCAAGAAUUGUGCUUAUGUCAGAGGGCUAAAGCCGGGGCUCUUCUUUGAUGAGCUUCAAAUCAGACCGGCUAGGGACUUUGACGAUAUCAUGUCUAGACUACCAGGGUAUUUACAGCUGGAGGAUGCCAGGAUGGCAAGAAAAGCCGAAGACAACAAACAUAAGACCCCUUGCAAAGGGUUACCCCCGAGGGUACCUCCUCCCCAAGCAGAGGGACCACCUCGCCAGCAACGCACUGUGAAUGAAGUUACUCGUUUCGACGAGUACACCCCUUUGAACAAGACACCGGAGGAGAUCUUCCAUCUAAUCAAGAAUCAACCGUUUUUCAAGGCGCCUGGGACUUACCGAGAUGGGCAGCCCCAACAGGGACCUAACAACAAACUAUGCGAGUAUCACAAUGCCUAUGGGCAUUUUACCAAACAUUGCGGGCAUCUGAAGUAUCAGUUGGAGUUUUUGGUGCGGGCAGGUAACUUGCAUCAAUUUAUAGUCCGAAGGAACGAAACCCAGGCACAGAGGCCACAACAGAGGAAUGUUACUUAG